UUAGAUCGUGUCAAGCAAGACGAGUAUCUAAGCAGUUCAGUUACAGUACUACUAACUGAACCAGAAACCCCCCACCACAUUUAUAUAAUAAACUAACUCAAAAACCCUAUACACUCCCUCUCUCCCUCCCUCCCUCCCUCUCACAAUUCAUCUCAAGCACUUACUGUACAACAAUGGCGACGCCUUCUUUGGGUGAAGAUACUGCCAAGGCUGUCCUCCGCCAGGUAGAGUUUUACUUCGGUGAUAGCAAUCUUCCAAAAGACGACUUUCUCAAGACAAAAAUCAAUGAGAGCGAAGAUGACAUGGUUUGUUUGGCAUUGAUUUGUUCGUUUUCAAAGAUGAGAGGUCAUUUAAAUUUAACGGAAGUUAAGAAAGCAGAUGAUGUACCAGACUGUACUUUGAAAGUUGUUGCUCAAACUCUCAGAACUUCAUCUUCCCUCAAGGUUUCUGAAGAUGGGAAGAAAGUUGGUAGAAGCACCAAGCUAUUAGAGCCCGAGGAAUUGAUAGAGCAAUUGGACAGCAGAACAAUUGCUGCUUCUCCAUUGGAGCUCAAUGUCCAGAGGGAAGCAUUAGAAGCCUUUUUUGGUCAAUAUGCUAAGGUUAAUAGUGUGAGAUUGCCUCGUCAUGUGGUGCAAAGAAAGUAUUUUUGCGGCACGGCUUUGAUCGAAUUCUCGGCUGUGGAAGAUGCCCAAACGGUUCUGGAGCAAAGCUUGGUUUUUGCAGGUGCUGAACUGGAAUUAAAACCAAAGAAGGAUUUUGAUGUUAUAAGAGAAAAAGAAGUAGAGGAGUUUGAACGCAAUCGUUCAAUCACAACUUCAAACGGCUCGAAUGCUGAAGAAAAACACCCCAAGGGCUUACUUGUUGCGUUUAAAUUGAAGAGUGCUUCAGCUGGGGACUCUGCUGAGCAAAAUGGUCCUGAUGAAAAGAAGACUGCAGAAAUGAAAAUGACUAAAAAGGUUGAUGAUAAACAUGGAAGUCCCAUUGACAAGGUUGUCGAGAAGGAAAAUAAAUCAAGUAUAUCCAUCUAUAAAGAUGAUAUGAAUGUUGUUCUACGUGAGGAUUUGAAGGAUGUGUUUAAGAAAUUCGGCACCGUGAAGUAUGUUGACUUCAGAAUCAGAGAGGAUAAGGGUUACAUUCGGUUCGAACAACCUGAAGCGGCCCAGAAAGCCCAUGCUGCUUCAGUCUCGGCUAAAGGUGGUCUGGUUGUCAAAAAUUUCAUUGCUAAUGUAGAACCGGUAACGGGUGUUGCUGAGAGUGAGUAUUGGAGUCUACUCCGUGGCAACCAAGGAAAGCACAGGGUAGGCAAUCACUUCCAUUGGAGGGGAGGAAAGAACAACAGAGGAGGAAAACGAGGCCGGGAUGGAGAAAAUGGUUCUCCUAGAGGACGUCCUAAUGAAGCUAAAAGAGCUCGAGCAGCGUGAGCCAGCCAUGAGGGUGAUCGAUAAACUUGAAAUAGGUUUUGAGAUCAUUUUUGUGCCAUAGCUUGAGGAAUGAACUGUGGCUCUUGUUUAUUUAUAGGUUUAGGUUAACCAUAAGUAGUAGUACAUUACAUGGGUAAAUAUAUUAGGAGUUUAAGCUUGUGCUGUUUUUGAUUCCCGUCAAAGUUUCAAACAGUAGUGGAUCUUGGAUUUUGAUAAGGGGGACAAUUAAAAAGAUGCCAUUGCUCUCAAGCAAUGGAACAUUUUCUUGUGGAUAUAAGUGUGUUAAUAUUCCACGUGGUAUUUAUUGUUUUUAUGGUUAUUAAAAUUGAAAA